GGCAGCAGGGAAUGCCAGGCCCUCUGCUCCUUGCGUGAGGCCCAGUGCCCACAACAGCCCCCUUUAAGGCUGCUGGGCCAUCCAGCAGAGCUCCAGUCUUAAUUUUAGCUUGGAGGCCUGCCACAGAGGCUUUAGUGAGAGGCAGGCUGAAGUUAUGUGGGACAGCUGUCAGCUGGCAUUCUGGGUGGGGCCUAUUUAGCCAGCAGGGGCACAAGUCCGGGGACACUGAACUGGUGUCCCUGCCCCGAGUCUUUCCCACCCGACCAGGCACACGGCUCACAUCUCCCGCGGGUCCCCCAGUUCCAUGAUGAUGUCUGAAGAGCACACAGACCUGGAGGCCCAGAUUGUCAAAGACAUUCACUGCAAGGAGAUCGACCUGGUGAACCGAGACCCCAAGAACAUUAAUGAGGACAUAGUGAAGGUGGAUUUCGAGGAUGUGAUUGCAGAGCCCGUGGGCACUUACAGCUUCGACGGUGUAUGGAAAGUAAGCUACACCACCUUCACUGUCUCCAAGUACUGGUGCUAUCGCCUGCUGACCACGCUGCUGGGUGUCCCGCUGGCCCUGCUCUGGGGCUUCCUGUUUGCCUGCAUCUCCUUCUGCCACAUCUGGGCGGUGGUGCCGUGCAUUAAGAGCUACCUGAUCGAGAUCCAGUGCAUCAGCCACAUCUACUCGCUCUGCAUCCGCACCUUCUGCAACCCACUCUUCGCCGCCCUGGGCCAGAUGUGCACCAGCAUCAAGGUGAUGCUGCGGAAAGAAGUAUAAAGCCUCGUGAAGUAAGGCAAGGGGGUGGCCAGGCAGGGGGAGUCAGACCAGGCUGGACCCACAAUACCGCUCCAUGGGAACUGCUGGCUAGCUCUUUCUCGGGACUGCUAUUUCCCCCCAAGACAGGAGCAUAGCGCUUUGGGAAUCCAGAAAGAAAAGAAGGCCCUGCCACAGAAGCAGUGGCCCACCACGAUACCCCCAUGACCAGGCAUGUGGGAAGAUCAUUUGCUAAGAGGCAGCUACUGCAAGUCUUUGUGUUCACGUGUACUGUAACAGCACAAACCAGCACUCGGUUCCCACCCGGGGUCGACCUGUCCACAUGUGCCGCCCAGGAAACCCACCAGUGACUGUUGGCAUUGCAAUGGUGGCUCCAAUAAAGGGUUUUGGCUGCAUUCAGAGAA